CUAAUUGUCAUUUAUUUUCAGCAUGGAGAGACUAUACCAGAUGGAAAAUGCUCCAAUAUUACAUGCAACAAUGGAGUAAUCAUACAUGAGCAUAUGAAAUGUCAGGAUGCACCUUUGCCUGUUUGUGUAAACAAUCACCUGCCGAAGAAAGUCACUGAUGAGUCUGGGUGUUGUUCCAAAUAUGAAUGCGAGUGUAUAUGCAGUGGCUUUGGAGAUCCACAUUACAUCACUUUUGAUGGAACAUACUACCCAUUUCAAGGAAACUGCUCCUAUGUCCUUGUCAAAGAGAUAAAUCCAAAAUACCACUUCAGUGUCAUUAUCGACAACGUCUACUGCGACUCAGAAGAUGGUCUCUCCUGUCCUAAAUCACUGACUGUUCACUACAAAUCCUUUAAAAUUUUCAUGACGCAGGAUAUUUCCAACGGAAUGGUCAUAAAUCUGAUUAAGGUCAACAACAACCGAGUCCUACUACCAUAUGAGAAUGAGGACUUCCGAAUUACAGACAAUGGUAUCGAAUCACUCGUGGUGAUACCAGCAAUCGAUGCACAGGUCACCUUCACUGGCAUGAUGUUUUUCAUCAACCUCCCAUGGCAAAAGUUCCAUGGAAACACUGAAGGACAGUGUGGAACAUGUAAUAAUAACCGUACCGAGGAUUGUCGCCUACCAAAUGGCACCAUUAUUUCCUCCUGUGAAAAAAUGGCUCCAUAUUGGCAUGUCAGUAAUAACAACAGUGUCUGUCUACCACCAAACCCCAAACCAACACCAGUGCCAUGCACAAAUGCUCCAAUUUGUGAAAUUCUUAGCACUACCUUUAAGGAAUGCCACGAGUUUGUCCCGUACCAGUAUUAUGAGGAGGCCUGCAACUAUGACGUGUGCCACAUGAACACCCAGAGCAUUGGUUGUUCCAGUUUGCAGAUGUACGCUGAACAGUGUGCUAUAGCAGGAAUCUGCAUCGACUGGAGGCCAGCCACAAAUGGAGUGUGUGAAUUCUUCUGCGAGGAGCCCAAAGUCUAUAAAGCUUGUGGACCUCAGAUUCCAUUAACUUGUGAUUUAAGGUUUAACCUCAAAUUUAUAAACACACCCAGUGCAUUUAGUCCUUUGGAAAGUAUGUUCUGGGAAGGCUGCUACUGUCCGGAAGGCAUGAUGCAGUUGAGUCCAGAUAUAAAUAUGUGUGUUAACAGUUCCUGUGACUACUGCCUCAUGAAUGAUGGACAGUUGAAAAAGGCCAAAGAGACCUGGGUGUCAGGUUGUGACAGCUGCACGUGUGAUGAGAAGACUCUGACAGUGAGCUGCAUGAAAUUGCCAUGUCCUACACAAAAGCCUGUUAAGUGUGACGCACUUGAAGGUCAGGUGAAGGUCCAACAGAUCGUGGAUUGCUGCCAAUAUGACAUCUGUGUGUGUAAUUACAGUCUUUGUCCCGACGAGAAGCAAACUUGCCCCCUCGGAUUCACUCCGCACUUCGAGAAAAAAGGCUGUUGUCAAUCACACACCUGUGUGCCUGAAUCUGUCUGUGUGUUCAAUGACACCGUAUAUCAGCCUGGUGCAUCUGUUCCUAUGGAAAAAUGUCAGGAGUGUGUAUGUACACACAAAGUGGAUUCCCAAACUGAACUGAACAAAGUCUCAUGCACGCCGGUUACAUGCAACACACAAUGUCCGUUGGGAUAUGAAUACGAGCUCGUUCCAGGAGACUGCUGUGGACAAUGUGUGCAGUUCAGCUGUGUGGUUACAUCUGGCAACACGAGUCAAAUGCUCAAGCCUGGUGAGACCUGGACUCCACCUAAUGACAAGUGUGUGACUUACAGCUGUGUGAAAAGCGGGACACACUACUAUCCUGUUACAAUCCAGCGUGUUUGUCAGCCAUUCUUUGAAGCUGACUGUGUUCCUGGAACAAUCGUCACGGUUGACUGCUGCCCUACCUGCGUACUGAAGAAUAGGGCGUGCAACCUCACCAGGAACUCCACUUACCUAGAAAGCAAUGGCUGCAGGACUGCAAAACCAGUAGAGUUGACGGCUUGUGAAGGCUCCUGUGUCACAUCUUCCCUCUACUCAAUGGCAGCCAACACAUUCGAGCACUCAUGCUCCUGUUGUCAGGAAGUGUCCACCAGCAAGAAGGAAGCCGAAUUCAUCUGUCCAGGCGGGACAAAGGUCACCCAGACGUAUGUCUAUGUCGAGAAGUGCGGCUGCUAUGAGAGAGAGUGUACACUGAAGGAGAUUCCUCCCAGCAAGCAGCGGCGUCGGCGUCGGUGAUCCAACAUAGAACAGUCUUCAUUUCCUCUAAUCAAUGUUAAUCUAUUUAUGACACUAUUUACACGAAUCGACUAAAGAAGUGUGAUGACUGAAGAAAUGUCUUCAGGUUUUCCCACCACCCUGUAAUUCCUUUCUGAUGCUUAAAACCUAAUAAACAACAGCAAUCAACAUGC